AUGAGUGUAUUUCUCGAAAGCAGUGCAAUUUGGGUUCAAGUAGAACGGAAACUCGGGGACUGUGUCUAUUUGAUGAGCCCCAAGAAGGGUGAAACUGGUCGUGGGCUGUGGAAGAGUUUUCAGCAACCUUUUGCCCUUGCUCUGCUCCUCCCCGAGGUAAACAUGUCAGGUAUGUGCUCUAUACUACAAAUGAUUUCGCUUCAGGUUUUUGGAUUACUUUGUGUAAUCCUGGCCGGGGUGCGGGGUGAAGUAUAUAAUAAUGGAUUCGAUUGGAAUGAUUCUAGAAAAGUCAUUAACUUUCAUAUCCUGUUCAUGGUACUUGGAUUUGUAUUUCUCUAUGGAGACUCUAUACUCAUCUACCGGAUUUUCCGAGAUAAACCAAAGAAGUCACUGAAAAUUGCCCACGCCGUACUUCUCCUACUCUCUCUGCUGUUCGCCGCGAUUGGCGUGAGGGCCGCCUAUGAGAGACGAAAGAAUGCACCACCAAUGACACUCUACAGCAUUCACAGCUGGCUUGGGGUUAUCGUUUUUGUCGCAUUUUCACUACAGUGGAUCUUCGGUCUCGCGUUCUUCCUAAUUCCUCAAACGCCCAUGAAGCCUCGAUCACGCUAUUUGCCUUUUCAUACUGGAUUCGGACUAUUCCUUCACUGUCUAGUUGUACUGGUAUGCCUUUGUGGAAUCACCACAAUUAAUGUCUCCCCAAGAGACUAUAGUGAACUUCCACCUCGCGCGCUAUUCACUAACUUCCUGGGUUUGGUUAUUGUCGGAUUCGGCGCUCUUGUAUUCUUCCUGGUCAAUUAUGCAGGAUACCGCCGAAUUGAAGUUGUCGUAGAAAGGGAUGGUGCAAGGCAGUAUUCAGAAUAACUUCUCCAAGAAUCUGGAAUAUGUCUCACGCACAGGGUGCUCUCCGUACUUUCUAUUUUUACCAGCUAACUCAACCCGUUAACGAGUGUAAUGUUUUUGGUUUCACUGCACAUAUCUAACAUUUAGAUCCAACAAACUUCACUGUUCAGUUAAAAAGUACCAACAGUUUGCCAAACCCUUCUGAAACAAAACUUCACCACACUUGC